UUGCAUUAUUAUACUCGCUGAUGUGUUGUGCGUAUGGAAGCUGAUAGUUGUCGAUACCUCCGAUCGUGUACGAAAGGAAAUACUAAAUACUAGAUUCUUAUUGGUAGAAACAAAGCCCGCUUAAGUAUAAGUUGAUCUUGAUGCUGCUGUUGAUACGUUUUGUAUCUAUGUAAUUCAGAUCAUUGGUGACGACUGUCUGAAUCAUAUCACUUCUUUUUGCUGGUUGUUGUCGUUUCAUUAGUGUCGCUUGUUCGGGCGAGAUCUGUCGUCAUGGUUUCACUUAAGAUAUUUCUAAUUAGCCUUACAAUAAUUGGUAUCAACGCAUUUCCAGACAGUGCAGGUAUCGUUGAAAUGGUUAAUGGACUUGCUUACGGUGGAAUUCCUUACGGCAGCCGGUCCGGAGAUGUCGGGAGGCUAGAUUCAAACCCCGGGUCUUACUACGGGUACAACCCGAACCAGUACCGACCUCGGCCUGCCUAUGAACCAGGAUCGACUGUCGUUAUUACGCCUAAUUACCGAGCGCCGGGACUAGAAAGGCGCCGACGAGGACCCGUUCAAAUUUAUAAACUUCCCGGGGUUGUUGCUCCUGGUGUUAUUGGAACUUUGACUCAGAUUGGGUUUAAAAAAUAAAUUAAAAUUUUUGUUCAUAUUUUAACUUAAUUUUUUUUUUUAAUAUUUUAACAAAUCGUCAAAAAUAUAAAAAAAAAAAUAAUUUUUUUUU